CAGAAGAUGACAAGGGAAUCUCCCUACAAGGAGUUACGGAGGCUGCAGGGUUUGAGUGUCUUCCCCACAGGAUGUGGAAUCAGAAAAGAAUCCCUACCCUUUUCAAGAUGGCGCUUGUGCUCCCGGACGCCUGCAGUAAAAGCCCUUCCAGGCCUGGAUCAGAAGAAGCGUGGCAGCCACAGAGCAUGCUGUCUCCUGACGCCCCCUCCACCCCCACUGUUCCCACCACCGUUCUCCAGAGGAGGCCGAAGUCUGCUUCUCUCCCCAGACAUGAAGAAUCUCAUCCUGGAACUGGAGACCAGGCAGUCUUCGUGUGUGCAAGGAUCGCUCGGCUCCCCAGGGCCCCCUGGCCCCCAGGGUCCACCGGGACUUCCUGGCAAGAUAGGACCAAAGGGAGAAAAGGGGGAGCUUGGCCUACCAGGAAGGAAGGGUAGACCUGGCCCCCCGGGUGUUCCUGGCAUGCCUGGGCCGGUCGGCCCUGAAGGACCCAGGGGCGAAAAAGGUGACCUGGGUAUGAUGGGCUUGCCAGGGUCAAGAGGACCAAUGGGCUUCAAGGGCUACCCUGGAUCCAGAGGGGAAAAGGGAUCCAAAGGUGAAAGGGGUGACUUGGGUCCCAAAGGAGAAAAGGGCUUCCCGGGAUUUCCUGGAAUGUUGGGGCAGAAAGGUGAAAUGGGUCCAAAGGGCGAGCCUGGGAUAGCAGGACACAGGGGACCCAGAGGAAGACCAGGAAAACGAGGCAAGCAGGGGCAGAAGGGAGAUAGUGGAGUAAUGGGCCCACCAGGCAAGCCUGGGCCUUCUGGUCAACCUGGCCGUCCAGGCCCCCCGGGCCCCCCAUCCGCAGGACAACUUGUGAUGGGACCCAAAGGGGACAGAGGAUUUCCCGGGCCUCCCGGAAGAUGUCUUUGUGGACCCCCUAUGAAUGUGAACAACCCCUCCUAUGGGGAACCCAUGUUCGGGUCCAGCUCCCCGCGUGUUCCUGUGAUUUUUGUGGUCAACAACCAGGAAGAGCUCGAGAGGCUGAACACCCAAAACGCCAUCGCCUUCCGCAAAGACCAAAGAUCUCUCUACUUCAAGGACAGCCUUGGCUGGCUCCCCAUCCAGGUGACCCCUUUCCACCCUGUGGACUACACUGUGGGCCGCCACGGCUCCUGUGGGGAUGGGGUUCUGCAGCCUGGGGAGGAGUGUGAUGACGGAAACGACGAUGUGGGUGACGGCUGCAUCAGCUGUCACCGGGCCUACUGUGGAGAUGGGCACCAGCACAAGGGCGUGGAGGACUGUGACGGCUCUGACUUUGGCCACCUGACGUGUGAGACCUAUCUCCCUGGGUCAUAUGGGGACCUGCAGUGCACCCCGUACUGCUACAUCGACUCCACGUCCUGCCGCUACUUCACAUGAAGGGCCUGAGGAGGAGGUGGGCUGCGUCCCCCGGGAUCAGCAGUGGCUUCUCCACACUCAUCGGACUGACUUCGCACCCUCCCUGGUCCGGUUUCUACCACCUUCAUGUGACAAAAACAAGGACAAACUCUUGCUGCUAAGACAUGCUUUUAACUCAAUCCAACUGGAAGAACUUAGGACCACUGUACCCUGUCUUAAUCCGAAGCCCCGGAGAACCUUCCUCAUGCUCCCCCUGGGAACCGUGUCCCAUUGCUACCAUCCAGCCAAACCGCCGACCUACAGUGCCCCUUUUCUUCUGGAAUGUUACCGACCCAGACCGUGGACUUGGCUCACAACUGUUACCCACACCUAGACCUGCAGGGCAUUUUGAAUUUGUAGUCACCCCAUCUGGGGCAUCUGGUGGCCAGGCCUCUCCGCUCCUCUGACCUCCGGAAAUGUGGGCGUUUUCACCCGGGGCCGCCAGCCACCAGGUCUCUCCGGGCCUGUGAACCACAAAGCAGGGAAGUGAGCCUGCCUUCUUGGAGUGGCUCCCAGCUCUGGACCCACUGAGGAACCCCUCUCCUGGCCACAGCCCAGCACAGCCUCAUGUGGGCGCAGCUCCCCCAAGAAGAGAUCCAACUGUGAAAAAGCCCUGAGAAGGCCACCAAACCGGUGCUCUGCCCCUGGGAGAGGGUGGAGGCCAGCUGGGGUGCUCAGCACAUGAACAGCAGAGCAGUGGCCUUCCUGCUUCUCAGUGUUUCCCAAGAGGGUAGCUCCUAUAGCUUCACCAUCCCUAGCAACCCCUUGACCUGGUGGCUCUCAGAACUUUGACCUCUGUUUUGUGAAUGCCCUUUCUGUGCAUCUUUGUUCACUACCAGAGGGCGUGACCUCCUGAGUCUACACCUCGGCAGGCUUUUUGGUGUUUCUGGUCCUUCGGAAAAUACUACCCUGGGUUUCCCCAUCUGAGGCCCUACGACUGAGUACCUGUUCUAGGCAGAGACUGUUUGUGUCCUGAGCUCCAGCUCCUGGCUGCCUGUUGACUCCUGUGCACACCCUGUGACCUUCCCUUUGUGUCUCUGGAGUGCACAGCAUUGCCGCCAUGUGCCUGCUGAGCCCCCCAUGUUUCUGCAGGGUCGUUAGUCUGGCAUGACUGUGAGCUGCCUUGUGCCACCAUCUUUCCCGAGUCCGUUUAGCUUUGUUUUGGAAAGAUAUCUCCCCAGUGGCAGACCUCAAAUGGGAUUUGCCUAUUUGUUACCAGGUGGAAGGAUGCUGUUGGGCUUUUAUACAGAGCACUUUAAUGUGACUGAGUCUUGGGGACUCGGCAGACAAGAGCUUCGGGCCCAGCAGGCUCUCACUAGGGGUCUGUAGCGGAUGGGACCAGCCCAAGGGUGGGGUCUUCAGAGAUGGGCACGCUGGCCGGCCGGGCUCGCCCAGGCUCUACUGCACACCUUGGGAUGAUGUCACUCCCGUGUAAAGCCACACCUUCAUGCUGGGAUCCCCAGAUGGGAAAUCAAGAAAUAUAAGCAGUUUGUUUCCCCACUGUGGCUUUCUCUUCGCUGGGGGUUUUGGACCAGAGUCCCACUAUUACUGAUUGGAAUGAGGGGUCUGAAUUCACUGCUUCCGAGGCUCUGCAGAGGGUUCUAGAAUGUGAGCAUUCCCACCCCCUCAGGGACAAGGGAGGAAACUGAGGUUGAGAGAUAUGGAGGGAUAGCCAGGGUCACAGAGCCUGGUCUUGCUAACCUAGCCCCACCCUAGCCUUAUUUUAGGACCAUAUUUAGAAUGAGAUGGAGUUCCAGCAAUGCCCUUGGACCUGGCCACAAGGGCCCUGUCCUGGGUCUCUUGCCUUAGAGGGUUCAAUCUGGCCCUUCUCUGGCCACGAUCCUCCCCACCGGGCAGGGAGUCUGUGAGGCCAACAGGACAUGCCUCCUGGAUACCCCUCUCCCAGACCGUGCUGCAGGUACCCAGGAGAUCACAGCUCCCAUCCAGUGGUCCUCAGCCUCUUCCCCAUGUCUGACUUCCUGAGCGUGACCUGCACACACCUGGAAGCCUGGGAGUGACCAGGGACAAGCUGUGUUUAGGGGUUAUGGAUGGGACUUGGAUAAGCGGGCUGGAGUUUCCACACAGAUGCACACAAGGCCCCUCUCCGUGUGGGCUGGGCCUUGCCCUCCUCGUGCUGCCACAGAACUUUGGGGAAUCUAAAUAUUCCAAAUUCAAACCUAGCCUUCCAGGUCUUUAUGAAGGUGUGACUGUCUGGUAAGCAGAGAGAACAUAUUUAAGAACAGUCUGUUAGGUUGAUUAUAAGGUCAAUACUUAGACAUUUGGUGUGUGCGCCUCUGCCUCUGCUCUUGUAACCAGAUCCCACAAUGUCAGAGGGGCCUGUCUCCAAGUAUUGCAAGGGGGUUCUGAGAGGCCCUGAAAACAAAAGCCACAUGUUUUAAGUUAUAUAAUAAUAGUAAUUCUCCCUCUGUGGCAUGUGAAAUGGAGAGAUGAAGGAUCAGGGAAGAUGGGCUGUCCCCAGCCCUCCCCUGAAAUGCUAACGGUGGUAUAGGGAGCAGGUUCCCUACGAACAGGGGCACCUGUAAGCACAGGAUAGGUAGCUAGAUGCUUCCAGCAUCUGCUGGCCCUUUGGGGAGCUGAGAUGGCGCAGUGUAGGGGGAUGAACACUGAACCCAGAGUCCUGACAUCUGGGCUCAGGCUUGGUUUGUUCUGUCUCACAGCUGCCAUUUCCUUACCCGGUAGAAGCUGUGACAAGGACUGCAUUUUCUUUCAGCUUUAACAGCUGGUGGGGGUCGGGGGACGCUGUCCUCCAGUGGUGAUAGGGCCUGCCUGGAAGUGGUGAUGGACCCCCUCAGCUGCUCCUGAGGCUAUCACAGGGAGUGGCUGAAAACAUCAUAGGGUCUUCAGAGGUGCAGUUGGGUCACCAAAAAAGGCUAAUCCAGCUUAGAUGCUUUUGUUGGUAGGUGGCAUAAAAUCCAACUUAAAUAGCAUAUAAAUCACAGGGUGGAAUUUAUUGGCUAAUAUGACGUAAAAAUUCCAGCGGUAGGGUGGAGAUCAGGCAUGGUUCAAUCAAGGCUCCCACUCCAUUUCUCUGCUUGAGCUGUCCUCUCUGCUAUUUGCAUAUCUCCUGUUAGUUUGAUCCUUGGGGUGUGGUCACAAACUGAUUGUUAUAGUUUCAAGCUUACAUCUGCACCCUAUAAUAUCCAGAGGAAGAGAUAACAUCUAUUCCAGUGGCUCCCAAGACAUUUUUUUUCCCCAGAAGCCACCUUACCUUGAGCCUCAUUGCCUGUUUGGGUCAUAUGCCCAUUCCUGAACCCAUACUUGCCAUCAAGAGAAUGUCCCCUGCUAAUUGGAUUACGGCUGGGUUCCUGAACCCACAGGGGCAAAAGCUACAAGAACACACCCAGCCUGCUUCCUGGGGACUCUCCAGAAGCACAUGGGCUGUGUAAGGAAAGGCGGCUCCCGGACUAUAUAGUGGGGAGCAGGAACGGAGAGAAUGGGUGCUGGGUAUACAGUGUCCAUCUCUGGUUUUACUUUUCCUUUUGGCAGGAAUAGGUGCUGGGGGCAAACAUCUGGGAAGACUCCUCACACCUAAAAAGCUCUUGGUGGAUUCUGAUAGGUCUACUCAAGAGAACCUGCUCUCCCAGGGAGCCAUAGGUAGGGAAAGAGGUGGCAUGGUUUGCUUUUGUGAAAAAAGGAUAGGAUUGGAUUCACUUAGGUUUGAAGCCUGGCUAUCGCCAACUCACUGUUUAAUUAUCCUGCAUAAUUUACUUACCUUUUUUGAGUCUGUUUUUCUCAUCUUUAUACUGGGAAUAAUAGUACCUUAUUUUCAGGGCCGUGUUGAAUUUUAGUGAUAAUAUGGUUAAAAUUUCUUUAACCAACCCCUAGAAACUCUUUAGGGAGGGUUGGGUUUUAUCUGUGUCAUGAUUAUUUAGUGACUCCAGCCAAAUCAGUCACCUCUUUGGGACCUGGGGUCUCUUUCUUCCCCCUUCGAGGCUGGUUACGUGAGUCCACUUUUGACAGCAGUUUGGACCACAGCCUUUACUACGAAUCGGUGAAAAAGAGCCGUGGUUCUCCAACUUUGCAGCACAUUGGCCCAUCUGAUGAAUACCACCAGAGACAGAAUAACCGAGUUUUGUAGACCAGCAAAAUUAGCUUUAUUGACUUGUUGAGGGAGACCAAACAGCAGAGGAAAGAUGGGGCAUUUCAGCAAACCAAGAAAGACAAGAUGAUGAUAGGAUUGGGGGAGACGUGGAGUAUAGGUAGGAUGUCAAAGGAUUGUGGGGACAGGCUCAAAGCUGAGCAGGCUGAGUGUAACGGGGUCGCGAUGAAGCCUGGACUGGGAAGUGGACCGAGAUCCUGAUUCCUUGGAAAACUACAAAGUUCGUUUUUAAAAAAAGCAUGGAAUGUUAUGCCUGAAAAUCCCUAUCAGAAUGUCUGUAUCUGGGGUAGAAACUGAAACUGCGUCUCUGUGUCAGAGUGACUCAUGUGGCUCAGGUCUUCCAGGCAAGCGUGCAUAGUUUCAGGCUUACUGAUGGGAUUGCAAGCUGCAGAAGUGUGACAGCCCAAGACUUUAGUCACAAAGGUUCACAGCAAUGUUUGUCAGGUUGCAGGAGUAAAAAGCAAGGCAGGGGCCGUCCCUGAAAAGCAAGCAGUAGUCACACAAAGAGAAAAGUGAUGAUCAUGCUGCAGAUCUUCAGCAGUGACCGUGGCAGGAAGAUUGCUUUCCAUCCGCUUUGCAGCUGGCUUGAUCGGUGUCUGCCCUGGCACUCUGAUGAAUGACAGGGUACAGGGCUGACGUUUCCUCUCAGUCUGGACUGGUGUUAACCCUUUUACCAGUAACUGAUCCCCAAAGAUCCAGGUCAGCCCACAGGCUCCUACCAACCAAGAAAGCACAGGGAUGGGGUUUGGCCUCACAAGUCUUUAUCCACCUGCAAAGCCAUAUGAGUGACAAAUCUGUGAGCAAAGUGAAGUCUUUAGAGGAACAUUGUAACUAAUACUUAGGAAGCAGUGCUUGGAAAGAUGGUGAGACAGAUUUUCUGAGCAUAAUGGGACAGACACACUGGCCAUCCAUCACUCUAAUACGGGCAUAGAGGACACAUGGGUAAAUUACUUAUGAAUCUCCAAGCCUCAUAAUUAGGGCCAAUCCUACUCCAAAGAUUGCCUUUAGUUAUCUCCCCCAAUCCCUCCUCUAUAGUGAACCAAUUUCAAUUAAACUCAGAUCUUGCACUUUCGUGGUAACAAUGAGCGCUCAGAUCAAGUAUCUUGGCAAUUCAUCAAGGAGACUGUUACAUUUCAGCAACCCAGUCACCACCCUUGGGCCCAGAGGCUCCAGGAGUGUGGGUUCCUCUCCAGCAUCUUCAUCUGUAACCAUUCUGAGAGGCUGCAGAUCACACAAAAGUAAUGGGUUAAGGACUGCCCCCACCCCUGCCCCUGGGAAAUGGAGUCAGAGAACUCGCAUCGCCUUUAUCAGCGGGCUUCCUCUCUGAGGGGCUCGCCCGAGUUCUUUUCAGCCCGAGACAAAGUCAGACAACUCUGCAAGAAAGAGCCUCACUAAAGGAAGAAACGGGCUAUCUCCUCUAUUCCCCCUUAUCCUACUACCUGAAUAGAAAGGGGGGGGGGCGUGUAAUUAUGAAAAUCUGCCAAGAUGCCAGUAUCUCAAGAGAAUUGAAUUUGUGAUUACUUUGGUUCCUGUAAUUUCUUCAAGGACAAUGAGGAAUUAUCUUGCCAUCUUUCCACUCCCUUAAUACCUCUUCUAGAUUUUGGUUUUCGACGUUCCAAUUCGUGGAGUGCCAUACCCCACUGCAUGCACCAGUCCAGGUUGCCCUCAGUCCCACGCACAGGAUGGGAAGUUGAAGGCAGCCACAGUCAUCACUUGGGGCUCACCAAGGGCGUCUGUUUCCAUGGGGCAGGGGUUUCAAAGAUUUAGCAUUUAUUAGGAUGACCUGAAAAGCUUGUCACACAGAUAACUGGGGCCCACUUUGGAACUUCCGAUUGAACGGAUCCGGUGGGGGCCUUGAUUAUUUAUAUUUCUAACAAGGUCCUCCCAGGGGAUGCUGAUGGUGCUGGACCAGGGACCACAUUUUAAGAGCCACUACUCUGGGGAAACGUCUCACCAAUGGCUGUAGACCAAAUAUACUUUGGGAAAGGGGGACUUUGGGUAGGUGGCUUUUUAAAUGUUCUUCCAUUAAGGAUUUAUGUCCCUCUUGAAUCCAGGUGGGCUUUUGAUUGCUUGGAACAAUAGAAUACUGUGGAUGUGAUGCUAUGUGACUUCCCAGGCUAGGUCAUAAACAGCCCAGCAGCUUCUUGGGAUGCUUAUUCUAGGAGAAAGCAGCCAUCGCGUAAGAAGACCAGCUACCUUGAAACUGCCAUGUUAGAGAGGCUCUGGCUGACAGUCCCACAGGAGCCUGUUUCCAGCCAUCCCCACCACAGUGCCAGACACGUGAGUGAAGCCAGUUUGGAUUCUCUAGUCCUGCCCAUCUGUCAUCUGAGUACCACUGAGUGACCUCAGUUGAAGCCAAAAGCAGAAUUGCCCAGCCAAGCUCUGUCCUAAAUCCUAACCAACAGAUUCCAUAAGCUAAAAUGGUGUUUUUUAAUGGUGGUUGUUUUAAUCCACUGUUUUAGAAUAAUUUGUUACUUAGCAAUAGGUAACGAAUGGUGCUUUAGGUUGGAGAGGUUAGAAGGAGGCAUGCUACUCCGAAUAGGGCAGAGUGCCAAGUCCAGAGGGCUCUUGCUUGGUUUGGGUGUCCUCUGCCAGAACCUUGGCCAGAAAUUAGCCUUAACUUCUACAGGGACUCCUAUUUAACUGGCCAGGAGAAAGCCAAGCUGAGAGAAGACUUAGUGAUUAUAUGGCCCAGAGUUCUCAGCCACAGUAGGGAUGUGGAGUACGUGGAGGUAGACUGAUGGAGGAAUUACCCUAAUCCUCACGCCUCCCUGUAUCUACACCUUGCAACCCCUCCCAUCACCUGGCAGAAUGCGCUGUAUUUGCCCACCCCUUGAUUCUGAACUUGACCCUGUGACUUGCUUUGGCCAAUGACACGUUAGCAAUUGUGACCGAGGCAGUUGUUUCCUCUCUCACUCUAGCAUGUCUCUCUUUGCCAUGACAAUGUGUAGGUCUAGGUCGCUAGAGGGUAAGACACCUGGAGCCCACCUGACCUGCCCCAGCUGUGCUGGCCAAGGCCAUCCUAGAUCAGCUGAGUCUGCAAGCUGCCAGCACUGGGAGCCUGGUCAAGACCAGAUCGUCCAGCCACACCCAGUCUUAAUCGCCAAUCCAGACUUGUAAGCAAAAUAAAUGCUUAUUUUAAGCCACUGAA